CCCUACCUCCUUCUUCCUUUUAACCCUUCUUUAUAUCCUCCUCUAUCUUUCAUCUACUGUAUUCUCAUACACACCAAAUUAACAUUGUAAGCAAAAGAAUCUUCUUCUUUCUAUCAUCAUCAUCAUCAUCAUCUGCAAGACAAUGGAGAAGGAGAAGAAGAGUUCCGAAGAUGUUUCGGUAUCGAGUUCCGGUGUAUUUGAGCUUGAAAAAGUUCUUCUCAAGGACCCUCAUCCUUUCCCUUACUUCAUGCUCAUUGCCUUUGAGGCUUCUGGCUUGAUUAGAUUCAUGUUAUUAUUGCUAAUGUGGCCAUUGGUAAGGUUCUUUGAGGGGAUUGGUAUGGAGGAGCUCAGCCUUCAGUUUAUGGUGUUUUUUGCGGUGGCCGGUCUCAAGGAGACGGAGAUUGAAUCCGUGUCGAGGGCCGUGUUGCCGAAGUUUUACAUGGAUGACAUCGACAUGGUGGCAUGGAACAAUUUCAACUCAUUUCGGAGAAGAGUUGUGCUCACUAGAUGUCCUAAGGUUAUGGUUGAAAGGUUCGCAAAAGAUCACUUGAGAGCUAAUGAAGUUUUCGGAAGAGAAUUACAUAUUAAUCGGUUCGGCUAUGCCACAGGACUUCUCAUGAAACAAGAAAAAACACUACAAAAUAAGGAACAAAAUUACUCAUCAAUUACAAAUGAAGAAGAAAAAGAUCGAAAUCAAGAUCUCCAUCCUCUCCCGGUGAUCUUCCACGACGGAAGACUAGUUCGCCGUCCGACCCCCUUCACAUCCCUCCUCAUCAUUCUAUGGAUUCCAUUAGGAAUCAUCGUCGCAUUCAUUCGCAUCGUAAUCGGUCUACUUCUUCCAAUGAGUCUCAUCCCUUAUGUCAUUCAAAUCUUCGGCAGUAAGCUCAUCGUCCGAGGCCGUCCUCCGCCACCAUCCACCGGCAACGGAGACGGCGUUCUCUUCGUCUGCACUCACCGAACUCUCAUGGACCCUGUAGUCCUCUCCGUCGUGCUCCGUCGAAAAAUCCCUGCCGUCACCUACUCAAUUUCCCGCCUCUCCGAGAUACUUUCUCCGAUCCCCACCAUCCGAUUAAGUCGAAAUCGAAAGCUCGAUGCCGCAAAAAUAAAAGCUCAACUUGCCAAUGGAGAUCUCGUUGUCUGCCCGGAAGGCACAACAUGCAGAGAACCAUUUCUCUUAAGAUUUAGUGCUUUAUUUGCCGAACUCACAGACCGAAUUGUUCCAGUGGCCAUGAACUAUAGAGUUAGCUUCUUUCAUGCAACCACUGCAAGAGGAUGGAAAGCCAUGGAUCCCAUCUUCUUCUUCAUGAACCCUAGACCUGUCUAUGAAGUCACAUUUCUAAACCAGUUGCCUGUGGAAGCCACUUGCUCUGCUGGAAAAAGUCCUUAUGAUGUUGCUAACUAUGUUCAGAGAAUCCUUGCUGCAACUCUUGGCUUUGAAUGUACUAACUUUACAAGAAAGGAUAAGUAUAGAAUGCUCGCCGGAAAUGAUGGCACGGUGGCUCUCAAGGCUGCAACACCAGUGAUGGAUCAAGUCAAGGAGAUAUUAGGGUUCUUCUUGCACUAGUUAAUAUUGUUUUCCUUGUUUUUCUUAUAUUGUUUUAAUUGUUUGUUUGUUUGUUUAUUUUAUGUUGAUAUAGAUAUAAUAUAUACUGGCCAUUUGUAUGAUUUGUUUAUUAUUUUAAUAAAGUUCUUUUUUUUU